AUGCCACGCCACCUUUCGUCGUCACUGUUACAAAAGUCGUUAACUCCGGGGGCUGCACGGCUGCUUCCCCAGAACCUGAUCCCCCAGCGGCGACCAGCUCCUGGGCGGAUGACAUAUCGCGGACCGCUGCUUGCCGAACUGGACCGCGUGCGCGACACGUGCACGACAGAAGCAACCUCCAGUGGUGUUGUUGAGGAGUCUAUGGUCUCCAAUGGUGCGUUUGAUGCAGUGAGACCGGCGGCGCUGGGCUCAACGUCAUCUGUCGCCGACGAGUACCUUGUACCAACGCCUCGUGCAACGAAAUUAAAGAAGGCUGCUAUGGCAGCAAGUCGAACACCGACCUUUGUGUUGCCCAACUCACGCAGCGCUACCGAUGGAGAGGGGGGUGCCCGGCAAGCAAAUGAUGAGCGCGACGGCACCAAUAGUUCGCCUCAACUCUUCUCAAUUGAGUCUUACGAGACUCAACAAAGAGCACUUCGAAACAUUUUCAACGAAGCUGGUCGACACUGCGUCCGCCUACGGAAAGACAGCAAGUGGUUGCUGGAAGAGAGGCGCGCAUUCCGACAAUCUCAUCAGCGUGCUCCCACCACAAAAGAGGUGUCGCCACAUGUUGACGUCGCGCUGGCUCCAGUAGGAGCACUGAAACUAUCGAAGUACCUGUCUCCAUGUUCAGCCAGUCGUGAGGUAGUGGAACAUAGCCUUCUGUUGCAUCGUACCGUAACUAAAAGUAAGCUAGUGCAAAGUAGCGAAAAGACUCUCUUCCGCUGUCUUCGGUGUUUUCAUGUCUAUGCGGCCCGACCGCGCACGCUUUUACGUGGCGAGGUCGCUCAGAGCUGGCUUGAAUACGAAGCGGAAGCGGCGAAGGAGGAGAGGGCAAGGCAACUAGCCCGGAGACCACAUCUGCGCAAGAAAAAAUACAGCAUAGGACGUCAACGCGCUUCAUUGGCCAACGACCCGCGGUGUUGCCCACUUUGUCGCAGUACCAAGGCACAGUGGAUGAUGGAAUACGUCCACCACCACACCCACGGCUGA